AUUAAAUAUAGACUGGAUUUGACUUAUACGUUGUUGAAUUUGAAAUGUAAAAAGAGAGAAAAUGAAAAUUACCAAAUUAAACGAUAUUCUUCUUCAGUGUGCGACUCUUGUUUUAAUAUUGGCAUUCCUAAAAGUUAAAAUACUUUCAGCACAAAGACAAUUUAGGGUAUUUAGAAUAGAAGCGAAUCCACAUCUACAAAGGCACGAGCCGUUUAAUUUAAUGCCUUCGGGGCAAGAAAAUGUACUUCAUUUCGAUGGUGGUUCUUUCAGAGUUGAAGGUGCUGUACCCCGUGAAAUAAGUCAAGGACAGUCAGACUCGGGUCGAUCAUUUCAAUCUAAUCGUGCUCAUGAGUCCCAAGGAUUGGGAUUUAAUAGACAAGUAUCACUACCUCUAGAUCCAUUUGGACAGUUUAUGGCAGAUGUUCUACCUGAUCACAUGCGCCGAAAAGUGAGGUUGGAAAAAAUAGCCAACACAGAUAAUAGUCCAUCUGGAGUCUUACCUGAUCAUUUACGAUCUACAUCUAACAAUGAAAAUAAACAAAGUUCACACAAAAAAGAAAAUCAUAGACAACCUCAAGCCAUUUCAGACCAACACAAUGUUUAUAAUCAAAAUGAACCUAGUAAGAAAGCACAUGACCAUAAGGAACCAAUGAAUGAAAAUAUUGGGAUGUUUGACAUGUUGAUGGAUCCCCAACAAUCAAGAAUAAAUGAUGGCAUACAUUCUCCUUUUGAUACUUUUCAUCCAACACCGUCGCCUGUUGCAUUUAACCCUGAUGGAUAUUUUCCCGGUUUAUUCCCAUUUUCUGGGGAUGGCGAAUUCGAACCUUUCCUAAUGCAGUCUCACCCACGGUCAAUAGAUUUAAGAAUGGAAAAUCCACAGCAAAACAGCCAACAAAGUCAUACACCAUUAGGGAAUAACCCUACCGGAAAUGGAGAGAAAUUGCCAUCUCACAAAUCAAACAGGAUACCUGAUGUGCCGGAACAGGGAAUUAUGACAACUAAAAAUCAAAAGAAAUCAUCUAUCGAUUCUCAACUGAUAAAUCAACAAGAUCAAUCUAAACAUACUGCUUUUAUAAUGGAUGCCAUGCUUCAAAAUAGGAGGUUUAUGGAUGCGAUGAAUGAAAUUCGACAUAUUUCAAGGUUCUCUAAACCACUUUUGAGACAAUCAAAUCAGAAGCAAUUUGUGACAAAAACAUCCUCAAAUAAUAAUUCAAAACAACAGGAAUCAAAGGUAAUAGAUUCUAAGACUAUUUUCCCACAAACACAAACUGAAAAACAGUCGAAAGAAAUCGGAAAUAAAAAAUCGAACAACACAAAACCAAAGAAGAAAGUUGUUCAGCUUAGUAAAAGUCCAAAACAUCUUAUUGAAAGUAUAAGAAAACAAGUAAUAAAUGUUGGAGAUCCGAGAGCACCAAAAGUUGUCGAAAUACAAAUCGAGUCAGACAGACCUGAAUUAACAAAAAAUCUUUUGAUGAAUCUGCUUACAGACCCUAAUGUUCAGGUAAUCAAUGGUCCAUCUCAGAACAUUGUUAAGAGCAGCGGAAACAAACAAUCAUCUAAAACCUCCCUUUUAUCUUUACUCUCAGGCCAACAACAACCUCAUCAACAAUUUUCAGCAGGAAUACCAAGCUCUUAUUAUACUAAGGAAAUAAUAACUCCACAGUUUACUAAAACUAUAGCGAAACCUCGAUUUAGAGCAGGAAUUCCAAUUUCUCAUUUUCCGGAUAAACAAUUCAUAAAAACAGUAAAGAAACAUUCACGACUAUUUGAAGAAAAUCAUAAUGUUAAAACAAUGAUCCCAAAUUCGCUUAAACAGAAAGAUCAGUUUUCACCAAAACAGAAAAUAGAUAAAAUAAAAGCAAAAGUAGAUAAUACACAAUCGGAUAUGCGUAUGAUAUCGCCAAAACGGAUAGUUAAUAAAAUCAAAAAUCAUAAACAAAGAAAACAAAAAGUAGAAAUUGAAUUGCCUAAAAUAUUUGUACCAUUCGACAAAACUAUGAAUGCCAACAAUAGAGAGGUAUAUGUCUCUGCUAUACCAUCAUUUUCUAUGUAUCAAGGAAAUCGUAAAUUACCUGUACGCCAAACACAAAAUGUUCCACAAAAUAAAAUUGUUUUUGAAGGAAAUUAUAGAGAAAAAGCAUAUGUCCAACCUGCUGGUUCAAUGACAAUUAGUCCAGUUAAAACUGUAAAAGAACAAUUUGAUUCUGGUAUUCCUAAAAUCAACCACAUAGCUGUAUCCGAAGCUUUAGUAAAGAUUCCUCUAAAUAAAGUACAACCAGGAGUUCAUGUACCUAUAUUGAAUGAGAAUAUUGGACAAAACGUUAAAUCAAAAGUUGAUAAAAUGACAAAAAAGAAAAAUAUAAUAGGCAAGGAAGCUGCUUUAAAAACGAUUGCAUCAGCUUCUGAAGUAGUGUCCAUCAAUCAAAAGGAUAAAAGUAGCAAUGCUGAAGUUUCCAAUAAAGAGUUUGUAUCAUCAAGCAUAUUGACGACUGAUGCAAAAACAGGUAAAAAGUUAAAAGAAAACGUGACAAUUGAAAAGAAUGAGAAAAAGAAAGAAUCAUCAAGCAAAAAGGAGGAUUCAAAGAGUAAAAAGAAAUCAAAACGUAGAAAAUCUAAAAAGAGUAGAAGUAAAAAGAAGAAGUCUAGGAAAAGUAAAAAUAAAUCGAAGAAGAGAAGUGAUAAAUCAAAACAAGGUACCGAUAAGUUGUAAAAAAUGCCCCAAAAAAAACAAUCCAGAGAAAACACAAAAACCUACAAAGAUGCAUUUAAACAUUCAGGAUCCGGUCCAAGUUAUUGCCCCUGUACCGUACAUUGUAACUUUACAAUAGAAUAAGAAAUGUAAAAUAGCAAUUAAAAAUGUAUAUACGUUUAAGGAUUGUUGUCACAUUGCGCAAAGUGAGAAAGUUAUAUUUUAUUUUACAAAAAACUAACAAUAAAAAACUCAGCGCAUCAUUAUAAUAUUUACAUAAAGGCAGCUAAUGCGUUGGAUUUUUACAUGUAGGCAUAGCAUCGAUAGUUUAUGAUAUUACAUGUACGCUCAGCAUCGGCAGUCUAUGAUAUUACAAAAUGGCUCAGCAUUGGUAGUCUGUUUUUCCUUCACAUUACCAAUAGCCUUAUGGAUCUUGGUUAGAAGAUUUCACAUCGCUAAUCUUAUAUUUGAUAUUAAGGUAGAAAGAUGUGCAAUGAAUUUAUAUGAAAAGGAUGGGAAUAUAAGUAAUUAUAAUGAAUUAAACUACUUAUUUAAGCUUG